GCGAUCUUCGAGGAGGCAGAAAUGUCUUCAGAAGGGAGCUCUCUGUUUAUAGAAGAGGAUGUCCUCCACAGGAGAACGUUCGGCCGAGACAAUUUCUAACGACACCCAUGAAGCCUUCAAAGUGCGCUGACCUUUCUUAUCCAUUCCGACAGAAUUGCUUCAAGAAAUCAUGGCGUACAUUCCCGACCCGAUCCUUGGCCAUCCGAGUCUCACUAUCAAUUUGAGCCUACCUGGCACGCCAACCUGCAAGACACGACUAUGCUCAUCCCUGUCUCUCAGACUUGCAGGCGGCUUCGCUCCGUCGCUCUGGGAUGCCCAUCGCUCUGGAAAGACGUUGUGUGUGGCCCUCGCCUACGAUCGCACUACCUUAUCGACAGGAGUUGCGGCCUACCUUUGACAGUCAUCCUGUCGGCGUCUCAAGCACCCUCCCUUCAUUUCGGCCUUGCAGACGUUGCGAGUGCUCUCCGGACGCGUAUCGGGGAACUUUACAUCGUAAAGAUUCCAGACGAUGACACCCUGGACCAGUUUCUCUCUGACGCUUUCCCGAUGCUCGAGUCGCUCGCGGUGAAACGGAAUAGCAGUGGGCACUACGUAGACGGGACUUAUGCCAAUGCCGUACAACUCUCGAGGGAACGUGUACCGCGCCUCCGACGUCUCGCUUAUUCCAUGUUCGAUCUAGCUUCCCUGGAUAUCCUUGCGUCCCUCACGCAUCUUGCCCUCAACAUGGUCCAUGUCGGCCGUAUGCACGAGAAAAUCGCGGCGAUGCUGUCCGUUUUCCACGCCCUCCGGUCGCUACAUCUAGACGCGAUCACCCUCGUGUCGCUGGAUGGCCACCUCAUCAUUUACAUUCUCUCCCUGCUAAGGGAGAUAACACCUCUCGCCGUGCAAAUACACCACGUUUGGAGGAAUAUCACUACCGGCUACCCCGUCAUUUUAUCGGGCUAUCCCGAUCCCCACGACUUGCCCCCCCUCUGGGGAAUCACGCUAUGCGGCUCGGAGCGCACUGCUCGUUGGGCUGGAGACGAGGACGAGGGAAUUCCAUGCAUGUUCUGCGAAGGGGAUCCUGCGCUCACAGGCGUGCGCGAGCUGUGGCUUGCGGAUGUCUCGCCCGCCACCUGCGAUGGGCCAUACAUACCACGCGCCACUACAGCGAACCAGCUCCGCGCCCUCAUUCAGGGCAUGUCCGCGCUCGAGACCAUCGUGCUCCACGGGUACGGGAAGCACGUCCUGCGAUGGUGGACCGAACGACCCGACCCGAUUCCCGCCAUGGCCACGGGUAUCCUCGAGGAGCUGGCGUCCGGCGCGUACAGCUAUGUCCAGCACCUCGUGAUUGAGGUCCCCUUUCAUGUUCCCGUCGAUGCGGGAGACGUCGAGCGGCUCCGGGAGCACUGCAACACGGUGCAGAUAAAGACGGUGGUAGAUGUCACGCCGACAAUCUCGCUUCCCGCGUACUGUUAUGAGCGGGCUGCUUGGGCGGCGAGCGACGACCCAUGGCCGUAUAAGCUCUGGUAA